UGCACCGCAAGCUCUCUCCAACUCCUUGUCGAUGAAGGAUUCCGCAUCCUAUUAAAGCAGGUACCCUCUGACAGAAGCUUCGAGGAAACCGAACGAUGGCCCGUCGUCGGCGUCGAUGGCAGUUCAUAGAAAACCAGAGACAACGUUUGGCCACCUACAGGAAGAGGAGAGGAGGCCUCAGGAAGAAGGCCAGCCAGCUCUCCUCCCUCUGCGGCGUCCCCAUCGCCGUCAUCUCUUUCGGUCCCAACGGCCGGCUCGACACAUGGCCGGACGACCAAGGAGCCAUCCACGACCUCCUCCUCACCUAUCGAAGCUUCGACCCCGAGAAGCGGCGGAAGCACGACCUCGACCUACCGACCCUCCUCGAAGCCCAAGAAGGCAGCCAAAACCUCCUGUGGGAUCCUCGCCUCGACGCCAUGCCCACGGAGUCCCUUCGAAACCUCACCAACUCACUCGACUCCAAGGUGAAGGCUAUCGACGAGAGAAUCCAACAGCUGCUCGAGGAAAAUUCCAAGUGCAGCAACCAAGACAACAAUAAUUCCAGCAGAGAACAAGGUGUUAAUUCCAAGUGCAACGACCAGGAUAACAAUAACACCGGCAGUGAACAGCGUGAUGAUUCCAAGAGCAGCAACCAAGGUAAUAAUAACACCAGCAGUGGACGAGGUGAUGAUUCUAGGGGUAGCAACGAAGGUAAUAACAACACCAGCACUGAACAAAGCUUGCCUCCUUGCAGUAAUCCGGUGGUCUUUGAUCCCUUCCCUAUAAAUAAAAGGAACGCCUAUGCGGAACUCUUUCAUGGCCUGGAUGAGAGUGGAAGAUUUAUUUAUCCUCCUCAUACUUCAAUUGCCUUCGAUCUGUAUCCCAUAAAUUAUGAUGCUUCCAUGGGAGUUGCUACCAGUGCUUGGUUGCCGGAUUCUUUGUCUUCUUCUGUGCCAACCGACUUCAGUCAUGCUAUCAAUUCUUCUUCUCAGGCAUUCUCCUCCGUGCCAUCAUCACCCCUCAUGCCACCACCAUCCACCAGUAAUAACAGAGCCUUUGGCAAUGACCAUCCCUUCUGCCCACCAGAGAGCAGUUUUGGUGAUUUUUUCGAAAGCUGCGAGUUUCUGAUGGGAGGUGAUGAUAUAGUUGGGGCCAACACUUUCGGGGGUACUCUGACAAUAGAGGAGCCAUUGCCAUCAGCUUUCGGGGGUACUCUGACAAUAGAGGAGCCAUUGCCAUCAGCUUUCGGGCCUCCGGUGCAGUGA